GCGAACUGUUCGUCGUCUGUCGAUCAUCUCCUUCUUUGUCUUGCGUACGAUCGCGAUCUAUCGUUAUUUUUGUUCUGCCGAACUCAUAUCUAGGCCUCUCUGGGAUACCAACCGUUCUUUGGAUUACAGUGCUAACGGAUUGCAGUGACAAUAGUGGAUAUCAUUGUUUGUUUAUAAUCUUGUUUACAUGACAAGUGCAAUAACAAAGUUUGAUCGUUUAAAAACAAGGUGUUUAUAAGAUAUAAAAGUGAACUUUUAUAACAGUGAAAAGUGAUUAAUGAUUAGGCAUGAAUGUUUACGUUAAAUGGUUCUUGUGUCAAUAAAUCUGCGAAAGUUUCGGAUUUCACCAAAAGUCUUCCGCAGCCACCAUAGUGAGGAUCAAAGAUUCUCCUAAGAACAAUGCAGAAGGCAGCAGCAAAAAGGAAAGCAAGAAAAAAAAUAAUAAACAAAAGGCUGAAGGUAACGGGUCGGUGACAGGCAAUAAGAGUGAGAAGUCAGCCACAGCUGCUGUGAAGGCGGACAAGGAAGGCAAAAGACCGUCGCCGACCAAAGAUGUGCCAGAGAAACAGGCAAGUCCCGAAAAUAGCAGAAAUGCUUCUCCAAGGUACCACGAUGCAUCAAUGGAAGAUGCGUCGGAUGCAGGCUCUCUUUUCCGGGUGGCAGGUGCGGCAGCUACGGGUGCAAGUGCCAAAAACGAACUCGUUGCUCGAGGUGGCAGCGGGGGCGCGCUCGCACUGUCGCGCGCGCCCGUCGGGGGCAGCGCCAGCCCCGCCCCCUCUCCCUUAUUCCCUUCACAUACCGCCUAUCAAUCUCAGUCUCAAUCACACGCUGCCGCCGCGUUGCCUGACUACCGGCACACGAACCAUGAGACGCGAACCGAGCCGGCCGAGCAGCCCCCGGCGCCGCUGGACCUGCACACACACCACACAGCGCACCACCCGGCCCGGCCGCCGCACCUGGCGCCCAGCCCCGCGCAAGCGUCCCAUCCUAGUCUCCAGAGCCGCGUACCCCACUCGCAGGCGCAUCCAGUGAUGCCCGGCCAUGACGUCAGAAAUCAACCGGUCGUAGCUCAGACUCAUCCCUCCGUUCCUACCUCGUUUUCGAACCGCGUCAAUGGUGUGCCG